AUGAGAGUCCCACUAAUAAAUAUUUUGAGCUUCUAUCUCAUCAUUCUUUUUCUUAACGGUUCUUCAGUUGCCACAGAAGAAACAGUGAAUCAAAACUUUAAUAGGUAUGAGACUCACAAUUAUGGUUACACACCUCCGUCACCAACUUAUGGAGCUCCACCCAGCCAACCAACACCACCAACUUAUAGUCCUCCUAUCAAACCACCACCGGUGCAAAAACCUCCAACACCAACAUACAGCCCUCCAAUUGUGCCACCACCGGUACAAAUGCCUCCCACACCAACUUAUAGUCCUCCCGUAAUCUCACCUCCAAUACAAAAACCACCAACACCGACUUAUAGUCCACCAGUAAAACCACCACCAGUACAAAAACCUCCGACUCCAACUUACAGUCCACCAGUCAAGCCACCUCCUGUUCAGAAACCACCAACACCGAGUUAUAGUCCACCUGUUAAACCACCACCAGUACAAAAACCUCCAACACCAACAUACAGCCCUCCGAUUGUGCCACCACCGAUACAAAUGCCUCCCACACCAACUUAUAGUCCUCCCGUAAUCCCACCUCCAAUACAAAAGCCACCAACACCGACUUAUAGUCCACCAGUAAAACCACCACCAAUACAAAAGCCUCCAACUCCAACUUACAGUCCACCAGUCAAGCCACCUCCCGUUCAGAAACCACCAACACCGAGUUAUAGUCCACCUGUUAAACCACCUCCUGUGCAAAAACCUCCAACACCAACUUACAGUCCACCAGUUAAACCGCCGCCGAUGAAACCUCCAACACCUACUUAUAGUCCUCCCAUAAAACCACCACCAGUGCAGCAACCACCGACACCAACCUAUAGUCCACCUGUUAAACCACCUCCAGUGAAACCUCCGACACCAACUUACAGUCCACCUGUUAAACCACCACCCGUGCAAAAACCUCCAACACCAACUUACAGUCCACCAGUUAAACCACCACCCGUGCAGAAGCCUCCGACACCCACUUACAGCCCUCCUAUCAAACCGCCACCUGUGCAAAAGCCUCCAACACCAACUUAUAGCCCUCCCAUAAAGCCACCACCAGUACAAAAGCCUCCAACACCAACUUAUAGUCCUCCUAUUAAACCACCACCAGUUCAAAAACCUCCAACACCUACUUAUAGUCCUCCCACAAAACCACCACCAGUGCAAAAGCCUCCAACACCGACCUAUAGUCCUCCAGUUAAACCACCACCAGUGAAACCUCCAACCCCUACGUAUAGUCCUCCUGUAAAACCACCACCAGUGCAAAAGCCUCCAACACCGACCUAUAGUCCUCCAGUUAAACCACCACCAGUGAAACCUCCAACCCCUACGUAUAGUCCUCCUGUAAAACCACCACCAGUGCAACAACCUCCGACACCAUCAUAUAGUCCACCUAUUAAACCACCUCCAGUAAAGCCUCCGACACCAAUCUACAGUCCACCAGUUAAACCACCACCCGUGCAAAAACCUCCAACACCAACUUACAGUCCACCAGUUAAACCACCUCCAGUAAAACCUCCAACACCAACUUAUAGUCCACCAGUUAAACCACCACCAGUACAAAAACCUCCAACACCCACUUAUAGUCCUCCUAUCAAACCACCACCAAUUCAAAAGCCUCCAACGCCUACUUAUAGUCCUCCAGUAAAACCACCACUAGGGCAUAAGCCUCCAACACCGACCUACAGUCCACCAGUUAAACCACCACCGGUUCAAAAGCCUCCGACACCAACUUACAGUCCACCGGUAAAACCACCUCCGGUAAAACCUCCGACACCAACCUAUAGUCCUCCUGUAAAACCACCACCGGUGCAAAAGCCUCCAACACCUACUUAUAGCCCUCCUGUAAGGCCACCACCAGUGCAACAACCUCCGACACCAACCUAUAGUCCUCCUGUAAAACCACCACCAGUGCAGAAGCCUCCAACACCCACUUAUAGUCCACCUGUUAAACCACCACCAGUGCAAAAGCCUCCAACACCAACUUACAGUCCUCCUAUAAAGCCACCACCUGUGCAAAAGCCUCCAACACCAACCUAUAGUCCUCCUGUCAAACCACCACCGGUACAAAAGCCUCCAACUCCCACUUAUAGUCCUCCAGUAAAGCCACCACCGGUGCAAAAGCCUCCAACACCAACCUACACUCCACCUAUUAAACCUCCGCCAGUGAAGCCUCCAACGCCAAUUUAUAGCCCUCCUAUAAAGCCACCACCAGUAGAACAACCUCCAACACCAAUUUAUGGCCCACCUGUUAAACCACCUCCAGUGAAGCCUCCGACACCAACUUAUAGUCCACCGGUUAUAUCACCUCCGGUGAAACCUCCAACACCAACUUAUAGCCCUCCUGUAAUACCACCACCAAUACAGAAGCCUCCAACUCCCAUAUACAGUCCACCUGUAAUUCCACCACCUGUGCAGAAGCCUCCAACACCAAUUUAUAGUCCUCCACAAGUUGGAUAUGGUACUCCUCCUCCAUAUGCACUUUAGAUAAUGAGUUUAAUAUAAAUACUCUCAAAGAUCGCCAAGUAGGCUUUCUAGCACAAGAAAUGUCUAAUGUUGUAUAUGUAACUGCAUAUUAUGUGGUUAAAUAAAUAAAGUUUAAAAUGAAUGGUAAAGUAAA